UGCUUGGUAAUACAGGAAAUUCAGCUCGUUCAGGAAACAGAACCCCUUUCAUGGAUGUCGCAGUACACUGAUCCACUGACUUCAGCUACACGGGUGAUAUUCUCGAUACAAGAAUAAGUGCCUGCGGAGCAGGGUGAUGCGAAGGGCGAACACUGACAGCGACUCCAUCAUUUGCGAUCCUAGCAAAGACUGUUGCUCUUUGCAGCCAUUCAAGGAUUGCAUUCAAUUGAACGGGGAAAUUUGCAUCUGGAUAAGGAAGGAGAUGCAAUGGAAGGCGCAGCAACAGGUGGACGUCGAUGAAAGCACCGCUCGGCGAGUUGCAGAGAACGGAUUUGCUGAUUCGAUUCGCUAUGGCUAGAGGGAUUCGACUAGACAGCACUUGACAAGCAAGUGAUGAAGCACCCACACUAUACUAUCAACCAUCACAUUCCACUCAGCAUGACGCGCCC